CAUGUCCCCUUCCUCGAGUUCUGGAAUUCCCAAAUGGUCAAAAGGCUAAAACCAUUCAACCUGCCUCAAGUCUUAAGCAACAGGAGUGGCGGACAGCGCAACAUCAAUAAUUUUUUGCUUCAAAAACAAAGAUUAGCGAAUACCAUAACAAAUUCAAUCGUUCGAAUGGAAUCUCCAACGGCCGUUUCCUGCGAGAAUCUCCCCACUUUCCUAUCCUCUUUCGCCGACACUUUCGUCGAUUUCUCCGUCAGCGGCGGCCUCUUCUUGCCCCCCGUUCCGCCGCAAUUGAGCCCACCCCUAAGGCCCGACCCAUUGCCACGGCUGCAGACCGUAUUCCAAGCACCGGCCCGUCUCAUCGCGGUGGGCGACCUCCACGGCGAUCUUCAAAAGACGAAGCAGGCGUUCCGCCUCUCCGGGCUCAUUGACGACCAAGAACGGUGGUGCGGCGGCUCCACCACCGUAGUUCAGGUCGGGGAUGUGCUCGACCGCGGCGGGGAGGAGCUAAAGAUUCUGUUUUUUCUCGAGAAGUUGAAAAGGGAAGCGGCUAAGGCCGGCGGUGGUGUGAUCACGAUGAACGGUAAUCACGAGAUCAUGAAUGUAGUGGGUGAUUUCCGAUACGUGACGAAAGACGGGCUUAAGGAAUUUGAGGAUUGGGCUUUCUGGCAUUCGGUGGGGGAUACUCUGAAGAAGAUGUGUGAAGGUGUAGGGGAAACUAAGGACCCCUUUGAUGGGGUGCCUUUUAAAUUUCCUGGACUGAAACCCGAGUUCUUUGCAGGAUUUAGGGCACGUGUGGCAGCAUUGAGGCCUAGCGGGCCGAUUGCGACUAGGUUUUUAUCACAAAACCAGACUGUGGUUGUCGUGGGAGAUUCGGUUUUCGCCCAUGGCGGGCUCUUGCCCUUACACGUGGAUUACGGAUUAGAGAAGCUGAAUGAAGAAGUGAGUGAUUGGAUUUCGGGGGUUCGGGGUUCGGUUUGGAGGGAGUUGGUCAUGGGGAGAAAUUCCAUUGUUUGGUUAAGGAAGUUUUCGAAUGAGCUCGCAAAAGAUUGUGACUGUUCAGCCCUUGAACAUGUGCUGGCUACAAUCCCGGGUGUGAAGAGGAUGAUAAUGGGACAUACCAUUCAGGAGAGUGGGAUUAAUGGGGUUUGUAAGAACCAGGCUAUAAGGAUUGAUGUUGGUAUGUCCAAAGGGUGUGGCAAUGGACUACCAGAAGUCUUGGAGAUAGAUAGACAGUCAAGAAUAAGGGUUCUGACUUCAAAUCCUAUGUAUCAAGAUAGAAAAGAUGUAGAUGGCUUGAUUAUGCAUCCUCCACAGGUGGGGAGGCAAGUAGAGGUUAAUGCCUGAAUUCUUACUUUGUUGCUAUCUUGGAGUUCUCUUCUUGUGGAUACUUUAGGUAUGACACCAAUUGCAAAUCCAGUUAUAUUGGUGUUACCACAAUCGAUUUAUUAACUAAUGAUUCUACUCUGGAAUAAGCAAUUUCGGUUCUCAUUCUCAAGUUUUAUAACAAUCGAACCGUUGUAUUAAACCUCUGCUUCCAGUCCAUAGGUACUAUGCAAUUCUGGUAAAGAAACUGGCAAGUAUCAAUUCCAAUGUAAUAGAAAACCAUGAAUAAAUUUAUACCUGCCUUGUUUUUUCAUUUUCAAGAGAUCAUUUGUAUCUUUACUGCUUUCAAUCAUAUGAUAUGCACUCACAGAAGCUAUGUCUCAUAUGCUGAGAAAGUCUAGAAUAGAGGUGUAUAUAGCCGGUAGAAAUAUUUCAAAGUUUAUUCUGAAUCAAAAUUUCACCUAAGACCUUUACAAUUUCAAAC